GGGGGCGGUGCGGCGCGGCGCGGCGGGGAGCGGCCCGGCCCGCUGGAAGAUGGCGGUGCGGAAGAAGGACGGCGGCCCCAACGUCAAGUACUACGAGGCCUCGGACACCGUCAGCCAAUUCGACAACGUCCGCCUGUGGCUCGGCAAGAACUACAAGAAGUACAUCCAGGCCGAGCCCCCCACCAACAAGUCGCUCUCGAGCCUGGUGGUGCAGCUGCUGCAGUUCCAGGAGGAGGUGUUCGGGAAGCACGUCAGCAACGCGCCGCUCACCAAGCUGCCGGUGCGUGAGUGCGCCGACGGACAAAGGGCCCCGCGCCCCCCGCGGCGUUUCGAUUUCCAGAAUCCCUCGCGGAUGGACCGCAACGUGGAGAUGUUCAUGACCAUCGAGAAAUCCCUGGUGCAGAACAACUGCUUGUCCCGGCCCAACAUCUUCCUGCACCAGGAGAUUGAGCCCAAGCUGCUGAGCAAGCUGAAGGACAUCAUCAAGAGGCACCAGGGCACGGUGACUGAGGACAAGAGCAACGCGUCCCACGUCGUCUGCCCCGUCCCUGGGAACCUGGAGGAAGAGGAGUGGGUCCGGCCGGUUAUGAAAAGAGACAAGCAGGUUCUGCUGCACUGGGGUUAUUACCCAGACAGCUACGACACCUGGAUCCCGGCCAGUGAGAUCGAGGCCUCUGUGGAGGACGCCCCGACGCCAGAGAAGCCCCGGAAGGUCCAUGCCAAGUGGAUCCUGGACACGGACACCUUCAACGAGUGGAUGAACGAGGAGGACUACGAAGUGUCUGACGAGAAGAGCCCCGUCGCACGCAGGAAGAAGAUUUCAGCCAAGACCCUGACAGAUGAGGUGAACAGCCCAGACUCGGACCGGCGCGACAAAAAGGGGGGUAACUACAAAAAGAGAAAGCGUUCGCCUUCACCUUCGCCCACCCCAGAAGCCAAGAAGAAGAACGCAAAGAAGGGACCCUCCACCCCCUACAACAAAUCCAAGCGCGGGCACCGCGAGGAGGAGCAGGAGGACCUGACAAAGGACAUGGACGAGCCCUCGCCCGUCCCCAACGUGGAGGAGGUCACCCUGCCCAAAACAGUCAAUACCAAGAAGGACUCAGAGUCUGCGCCCGUGAAGGGCGGCACCAUGACGGACCUGGAUGAGCAGGAGGAUGAGAGCAUGGAGACAGCGGGCAAGGUGAGGCCGCAGGGCUGUGCCGGCCCUCGGUGCGUGCGUCGUGUCUCCUCCCCAUCCCCACGUUCCUCCAAGGAUCCUCUUCCCAUCCCAGCAGCCACCGCAGCGUGUCCGUGUGUCCUUUCCUUGUCUCUUUCUGGGGUUGGGAAGAUCCAUGUCUGCCCUUUUUAUGGGGGGGGCUGCCUCCCCUUGCCCCCCCUCCAACCCCCCCCCCAAAGGUGGGUGACGGCACGCUGCCCCGCAGAGGAGUUCUCCAAGAUGAAGGAGGAGGUGCCCACGGCGCUGGUGGAGGCGCACGUCCGGAAGGUGGAGGAGGCAGCCAAGGUGACGGGCAAAGCCGACCCCGCGUUCGGGCUGGAGAGCAGCGGCAUCGCCGGCACCGCCUCGGAGGAGCCGGAGCGGAUCGAGGAGAGCGGGGCUGAGGAGACGCGCGCGGAGGCGGCCCCGGUGGAGGAGAAGAAGGAGGUGAAGGAGCCACGCGACAGCGCUGCAGAGGAGGAGGUGAAGGAGAAAGUGGGGGACGUGGCCAAGAAAGAGGAGGAGAAGGGCAAAGAGCCCGAGGGCGAGAAGGAGACGGAGAAGGGCGACAGCGACAGCGCGGGGGAGCUGGAGAAGGAGAAGGAGGCGAAGGAGACGCAGGAGGAGACCCCCAAGGAGCCUCCAGAGCCCGAGGCCGAGCGCAAGGCCAAGGUGGAGCGCGACAUCGGCGAGGGGAACCUCUCCACCGCCGCCGCCGCCGCGCUGGCGGCCGCCGCCGUGAAGGCCAAGCACCUGGCGGCCGUGGAGGAGCGUAAGAUCAAGUCGCUGGUGGCGCUGCUGGUGGAGACGCAGAUGAAGAAGCUGGAGAUCAAACUGCGGCACUUCGAGGAGCUGGAGACCAUCAUGGACCGCGAGCGCGAGGCG